UUGUGUGUUUCUGUCACGUUGUGUUUACAAUCUGCACUGCUUCCGACUUCGCGCUACCCAAACAAACUUCAGCAUGUUUGCACGUCAAAUGUAUCUGCACUGAAGAAACCACUGUCCUGCCAUGUCGAGCGGCUAUAAGCCAGAUAUCCUGUGGUCUCCCCAUCACGCAGACCGCUAUGUGAUCUGCGACACUGAACUCAGUCUGUAUCGGAUCGGACCUGCAGGAAGCUCCGAAACCAAAGCCGGCGCCCUUCCGCUAUCCGAGGAGACCGCGGCUACGCUGCUGGCCAUCAACUCUGACACCCCGUAUAUGAAAUGUGUGGCCUGGUAUCCCAAACAUGAGCCGGAGUGUUUGCUGGCUGUGGGACAGGCCAACGGCCGAGUCGUCCUGACCAGUCUGGGACAGAGCCAUAACUCCAAAUGUAAGGAGCUGGUGGGUAAAGAGUUUGUACCCAAGCACGCCCGACAAUGCAAUACACUCGCGUGGAACCCGGUGGACAGUAACUGGCUGGCGGCUGGUUUGGACAAACAUCGGGCUGAUUUUUCCGUUCUCAUCUGGGACAUAAGUAGUAAAUUUUCUCCUGAAGCGGUUCCAGCUGAGAAGGUUCGUCUGUCUGGAGACGUGGACUCGGGGUUGGUGGUGACCAAACCGCUGUAUGAGCUCGGUCAGAACGAUGCAUGUCUUUCUCUUUGUUGGCUCCCUCGUGACCAUCAAAAGUUACUCCUGGCUGGGAUGCAUCGAAAUCUGGCCAUCUUUGACCUCCGCAACACCAGCCAGAAGACGUUUGUGAACACCAAAGCCAUCCAGGGUGUAACGGUGGAUCCUCACUUUCAGGAUCGCGUUGCGUCCUUCUUCGAAGGCCAGGUGGCCAUCUGGGAUUUGCGGAAAUUCGAAAAGCCUGUCUUUACUUUGACCGAGCAGCCCAAGCCUUUGACUAAAGUGGCAUGGUGUCCCACACGCAUGGGCCUGCUGGCCACGCUCACGCGGGACAGCAACAUCAUACGGCUGUACGACAUGCAGCACACGCCCAUGCCGUUCGGCGACGAGGUUGAACCCACCAUCAUCGAGCGCAGCGUCCAGCCCUGCAGCGAGAGCAUCAUCAGCAGCUUCGCCUGGCAUCCGUCCACCCAGAACCGCAUGGUGGUGGUGUCGCCCAACCGGGUCAUGAACGACUUCACCGUCUUCGAGCGCAUAUCACUGGCCUGGAGCUCCACCACAGCGUUGAUGUGGGCGUGCGGGCGGCACCUGUACGAGUGCGCGGAGGACGCCGGUCAGGGGGCGGUCGCUGCUGAGAAGGACAUCGCCACUAAGAUGAGGGAGCGAGCGCAGUCGCGUUACGGCCACGACACUGUGCAGGUGUGGAGGAACCACGUGCUGGCCGGAGGAGACGACCCGCAGCUGAGGUCGCUCUGGUACACGCUCCAUUUUAUGAAGCAGUACACUGAAAAUGUGGAGCAGAAGCAACAGAGCAAUAAACAGUCGCUCAUCUACUCAGGCAUCAAAAACAUCGUCAAGUCCAGCUCUGGCACUACAGAGACACGGCGCUGCUGGUCGGGUUCAGACAGGCAGACCGAUGUACCGCGGUACCACAGCGAGGAGCGCAGUCUGGCCCUGCAGCUGUGUGGCUGGAUCGGUCGAGGGCCCGACAUCGAUGUGGAGCCCUUCCUGAAGUCUCUGGAGCAGGAGGGCGAGUGGGAGAGAGCAGCUGCUGUCGCUCUCUUUAACCUGGACAUCCGUCGAGCCAUUCAGAUUCUUAACAAAGGAGCUUCAGCAGAGAAAGAUCUAAUCUUUACAAGGGGUGUGGGUGUUUUCUACACCUACUGCCAUAAGGCUUUUGUCUUUGCAUUGUGUUUUGUUUGCACUCCUCUGUCGGGCUACACUGAUGAGAAAAACUCCCUGUGGAGAGAGAUGUGCAGCUCUCUCAGACUCGAGCUGAAGAAGCCGUACCUGUGUAUCAUGUUUGCCUUCCUCACCAGUGAACCUGGCGCCUAUGAUGCGGUCUUGUAUGAGAGUCGUGUGGCUGUUAGGGACCGGGUGGCAUUUGCAUGUAUGUUUCUAAAUGACGCUCAGUUGCCUCGUUACAUAGACAAGCUAACCAAUGAGAUGAAGGAGGCUGGUAAUCUGGAGGGCAUCCUGCUGACAGGACUGACGAAAGAUGGAGUAGAUCUUAUGGAGAGUUAUGUAGACCGAACCGGAGACGUGCAGACGGCCAGUUUCUGCAUGCUCAAAGGCUCCCCAGGAGAGGUGCUGAAGGACCCUCGGGUGCAGUGCUGGAUCGAGAACUAUCGCAACCUGUUGGAUGCCUGGAGGUUUUGGCAUAAACGGGCUGAAUUUGACAUUCAUAGGAGCAAAUUGGAUCCCAGCUCAAAACCACUUCCACAGGUGUUUGUGAGCUGUAAUUUCUGUGGAAAGUCUAUAUCAUACAGCUGCUCAGCGAUGCCUCAUCAGGGCCGUGGAUUCAGUCAGUACGGGGUCAGCGGUUCACCCACCAAGUCAAAGGUCACCAGUUGCCCUGGCUGUCGUAAACCACUUCCACGCUGUGCCCUCUGCUUAAUGAACAUGGGCACUCCUGUGUCCAGCUGCCCAGGCACAGGAAAAGCAGAUGAGAAAGCCGAUCUCACACGAGACAAAAAACUCGCACAGUUCAAUAACUGGUUCACCUGGUGCCACAACUGCCGGCAUGGUGGUCACGCAGGUCACAUGCUCAGCUGGUUUAGAGAUCACAGUGAGUGUCCCGUGUCAGCCUGCACCUGUAAAUGCAUGCAGCUGGACACCACAGGCAACCUGGUGCCUUCUGAUAGUGUAUAAAGGCCUUUCUGCCUUCGUUUUCCAACUUAAAUCUCCCAAAUGACUAGAAACCAGCUACCAACAUUAGUUCUGUAAGUGAUGAUGGCAAAGUUCUCACAGUUUCAGAAGUUAAUGACGAGCAUAUGUGUCUUUUCUGAAGUGAUUUGCACACCUCACUGGUAUUGAAGUUGACGACAGGUGCUCUAUUGUCACAGGAACUAAAGCAGUUAGAUUAUGUUACCCAUAAUUAAGUCACCCACCCGCGGGCAGUUGUGUGUCCUGAGACGUCCGACCUUCUCGAGAAAGAAUCCAUGUGAAUGUCUGACCUAUGCAUUUGUGGUCCAGUAGCAGGAAAUUCUAUGAGUAAAACUAUUUCAGUAUCAACUUUAGAGACAAGGAAAGAGAUACCACAAUAAUUUCAACCUGAGGAGUUUGAAUGCAUGUCAGGAAUGUUUUGUUUAUAUCUUAGAAAGUGCUUCACACGGUCCAUAAAUACUUCAACUAUUUGCCUUUGAGUUUAGCGAUUCAUAUUGUUUUAUUAUUAUGUAUUUAUUGCAUAUUACUCAAUACCACACUGAACCUCGGUCAGCUGUUGAAAAUUUAAUUUGUCUGAGAUCUACAAUACAGUCAAAUGAUCUUCAUUGGAAAGUGGUAAAAUGUCUAUUCAGUUUGUUUUAAAAAUUGCUUUUAACAAAUAACACAAAGUGAUUUUUGCAGAUUUUUGUUGUUUAAAAUAUGUAGGUUUAACAUUAGUUCUGGCUAAGUGUUGCAAUUUUGGAUCCAAAGGUAAUGCUGUUUUGUAGUGCUUACCUUAAUUUAUUGCACAAUCAAUGCAAAUGUAACAUCCUAACUAUUUAAAUUAUUGUGUCUGUAUUUUUUGAAAAGCAAAACGAACUUCCU